ACGAAGAGUCCUGAGAGAUUCUGACUGAGUGUCAGUGAGUGACUCACAGGGAAAUACCUCUGUGAAUGGAGGGAGGGAUUAAACAGACAGAGAGGUAUAAUUACAGAGGACAGAGGGAGAAGAGAGUGACCCUGCUCACUGUUGGUUCAGCUCAGACGUUCAGGACCCAACAGGACCAGAACCUUCACACUGAGGACCAGAGAGCUACGUCAGGACAGGAGUUCACUGCAGGUUGUUGAACUGUGUCUCUUCAUUCACCUCAGAGAUCAGACUGAACCAGCUACAGUUGACGUUACCUCCGGAUUCUACUGCAGACAGUGGUUCUACUGUCUCUACUGUCUCUACUAGUCCUCUACUAGACUCCACUAGUCUGUACUAAUAUCUACUAGUCUUCUACUGCCUCUACUGUCUCUACUAGUCUCUGCUAGUCUUCCAGUGACACUACCGUGAAUAGUGUCUGUACCAACGUUCCCAACUUUCCCAUCAUGUACUCUGUGUUUGCUGGGUUCCUCCUGGUGGCCCUCUGUCUUCUUGUCGACGCCUCUCCGACAGUUUCUCCGUCUCCAGAAGUGAACGUGGCAUUGCAUCUCCAGGAAGAGGGCCCCUCCUCAGACUGUCCAUCUUGUUCUCUGUCUCAGAUGAAGAGGAAUUUGUCUUCAUCAGGAGGUCAGAGUGAAAUGGUGGAGGCUGUGAAACGUCACAUUCUCAACAUGCUUCACCUGAGCGCUCGGCCCAACCUGACCCAGCCGGUCCCUCGCGCCGCACUGCUCAACGCCAUCAAGAAGCUGCACGUUGGGCGAGUGGCCGAGGAUGGUAGCGUGGAAAUCCAGGACGAGAACCAGGGACCUGGGGACUCAACGGCUGUGGAACCACCUUCUGAAAUAAUCACCUUUGGAGAACCAGGGCUCUCUCCAAACACAGUCACCUUUGACAUCUCCAAGGAAGAUGGCGUCUCACCCCUGGUGGACCAGGCCAACGUUUGGAUCUUCGUGAAGGCCUCGAAGGGAAACCGUCUGAAAGGCAAAGUGAUGCUGCGACUACUGUGGCUUCACCCUGAUGAGGACAGUAAUGAGAAGGAGGAGUGUGUUUCAGAGAAAAUGCUGGACACCCAUCGGAGCGGCUGGCACACUCUGGCCAUUCCUCGCAGCAUUCAGAGUUUGCUGGAUGGCGGCGGCCGCUCACUCAGCCUGAGGGUUUCCUGUCCUCUGUGUGCCGACGCUGGAGUCUCGCCUGUCUUGACGCCUGCCGAUGGCGAACGAGGGACCGGACGAGACCAGUCUCACCGACCCUUCCUCAUGGUGGCUGUACGAGUUCGAGAAGAGACUCUCAGGCGAGUAAAACGAGGCCUGGAGUGUGACGGGAAAAUCCACAUUUGCUGCAAACGGCAGUUUUAUGUGAACUUUAAAGACAUUGGUUGGAGCGACUGGAUUAUCGCUCCAUCCGGUUACCAUGCCAACUACUGCGAGGGCGAGUGUCCAAACCACAUGGCCAGCCUCGGAAGCUCAUCCCUCUCCUUCCACUCGGCAGUUAUCAAUCAUUAUCGCAUGAGGGGCUACAGUCCAUUUCAAAACACAAAGUCUUGCUGCGUGCCGACAAGGCUGCGAGCCAUGUCAAUGCUCUACUACAACGAGGAGCAGAAGAUCAUCAAGAAGGACGUCCAGAACAUGGUUGUAGAUGAGUGUGGCUGCUCAUAGGGAAGCGUGACUUCUUAAACAAUGUUUCAACACUUUAUAAACCUGCAUCCUGCAGGAAAACAAUUAGAUCUGCCUUUCCCAGUAAAGACGACAUAUUCUGCGUAGUGAUGAAGCGUUGUGUUUCUUCCUGGAGGAGACAAUUUUCCAUAUUGGAACGAGCUGAGAAAACUAUGCAACAGAUCCUAAGUCGGACUUCAUCCGUCUCCAAGUGUGAUUUCUCAGUUGUUUUUAUUGUUUAAUGUUCUUCUAGUAAGCAUGAGUGACUUAUGAAUAUGUUUCAUCUUUUUUGAAUAUGGUGUGAAAAUCUGUGUUGUUACAAUACUUGAAAGAAACGUGUCCAUUGAGCUUCUAGAGCCAAACGUGAUUCUUCUUAUUCAAUAAGCUGAAUGUAGAUAUUUGAAGGUUCUGAACAAAGCCAAAGACAACGCUUCAUUUUCUUGAGACAAACAUGAUGUUAAAUUAUUUAUGUGGUUGGUUUGGUCAUUGCUUCACUGUAAAGAUAAAACUUUAUAGCUAUAAUUUAUUUGCAUCUAUUUUUUAAUCAUCAUUAAACAAAGUGUCAGUCAAUGUCUGGA